GGCGGGGAAACAGAGGCCAUGGACUGAGUCUGAGGCUGUGACCUUGUUUCUAAUACUGAUCUUUGGACACAAAGGAGGAAGGAUUGACAGUUAAUCCCCAGCGGGAACCCAACAAAGAGGAACUCUCAAGGCACUCUUCUGUUACUUCCUACUAAAAAGGGAAGGAAACUAUUAUUUACUGAGCUCUUACCACGGGCUAGGCCCUGGACCAUGUGCUUUUACCUGGACUACCUCAUUUUGGGCUUACAGUAACCUCGUGAGGUAGGGACUUUCACCCCUGUUUUUCAGACGAGGAAACUGUAGCUUAAAAUAUUUGGGUCAUUUGCCUGAAAUUCCACAGCCAGUAAACGAUCCAGGGAGGAUUUAAAUCUGGUUCUUCUGUAUGUGACAAUGACUGGCAUUCCUCAGGUGCUGAAUGUUUGUUUUCCCUCCUUUCUGCCUCCCUGCUAACCCACACCGGUGUAGGGGAGAGUUGGUGUUCAGGGGCGCUGGCACCUAGCACUUCCUGGAGGGGCCACAGCACCAUAGUCGUCACAGGUGCCAACCUCAUCAGACUAACGAUCACAUGCACACAGAGCUUUCAAGAUGACAAGGCUCUUUCAUGUUCCUUAUCAUGGUUUAAGGGAGCUGAGUGCCCUGAUACCUGAGGAUGUUUCUGACUCCUCCCUAACCUUCAGCCUACUGGGAAUGAGAUUGGAGGGCAGCCACACCAGGUGACAGGCCUCAGAGAGGCAGAGUCCCCCUCCCCACGACCUGUACAGGUACAGAGCCACCAUUCCUGCGGGAGGGAGCUAGGCAUCCGGGUGGUGGCUGGGCCGUUUGUUGGGGGGUUGCGUUCACCCCUGCGACAGCCAGGAGAGCCUGCAGCCUGUAGCUGAGAUGGCGCUGCCUGCUGGAUGGUGACUGGAUAACCUAUAACCCCUCCUCCUGAAAGGACUUUGGUGUUUGGAGUUGUCAGAAGAGCUGAGUGAGAUAAGAGCUCAGCCAGGCAAACCUGAAGGGAGGGAGGGAACACGCAUUGGCCACCACCACCCAGUCAGGACUCACAUCAUGGAGCCAAGGGCGGCCCGGCGGCUGCGGAGGAGAGAAAGGCUGGGAGGAGAGCAGAAGGACCAGCCCUCCAGAGAAGGGGAGCCCCGCUCUGGGAGUGCAGCCGGAGGAAACGCUGAGACACACAGAGGCCCAGACUUGGUGCAAUGGACCCGACAUAUGCAGGCUGUGAAGGCACAGUUGCUGGAGCAGGCGCAGGGCCAGCUGACGGAGCUGCUGGAAUGGGCCAUACGGGAAGCCAUUCAAUCCUACCCGCCACAAGACCGCCCAGUGCCCUCCAUCCCUUCAGAUUCCUUGAGCAAGACCCGGAAGCCAUCCCUGGGGAAACGGAAAGUUUUCAUCAUCCGCAAGUCUCUGCUUGACGAGCUGAUGGAGGUGCAGCACUUCCGCACCAUCUACCACAUGUUCAUCGCCGGCCUGUGUGUCUUCAUCAUCACCACCCUGGCCAUAGACUUCAUCGAUGAGGGCAGGCUGAUGCUGGAGUUUGACCUACUGAUCUUCAGCUUCGGACAGCUGCCCUUGGCGCUGGUGACAUGGGUCCCCAUGUUCCUGUCCACUCUGCUGGCGCCCUACCAGGCGCUGCGGCUGUGGGUGAGGUCUCAGGCCGGAGUGGCCUGGAUGCUACGGGUGGGCCUCGGCUGCUUGCUGCUGGCCGCGCACACCGCGGUGCUCGGCAUCCUCCCGGUCCACGUAGCGGUGGAGUAUGAGCUCCCGCCAGCGUCCCGCUGUGUCCUGGUCUUUGAGCAGGUCAGGUUCCUGAUGAAAAGCUACUCCUUCCUUAGAGAGACUGUGCCUGGGACGCUUCACGCCAGAGGUGAGGGCAUCCGGGCCCCUAGUUUCUCCAGCUACCUCUAUUUCCUCUUCUGCCCCACACUCAUCUACAGGGAGACUUACCCCAGGACACCCAGCAUCAGGUGGAAUUAUGUGGCCAAGAACUUUGCCCAGGCCCUGGGCUGCGUGCUCUAUGCGUGCUUCAUCCUGAGCCGCCUCUGUGUUCCCAUCUUCGCCAACAUGAGCCGGGAGCCCUUCAGCACCCGUGCCCUGGUACUCUCCAUCAUGCACGCCACCUUGCCAGGCAUUUUCAUGCUGCUGCUCAUCUUCUUUGCCUUCCUCCACUGCUGGCUCAACGCCUUCGCGGAGAUGCUACGAUUUGGAGACAGGAUGUUCUAUCGGGACUGGUGGAACUCGACAUCCUUCUCCAACUACUACCGCACUUGGAACGUCGUGGUCCAUGACUGGCUGUACAGCUACGUGUAUCAGGACGGGCUGUGGCUCCUUAGUGGCCGGGCCCGAGGGGCAGCCAUGCUGGGCGUGUUCCUGGUCUCUGCGGUGGUCCAUGAGUACAUCUUCUGCUUCGUCCUGGGAUUCUUCUACCCCGUCAUGCUGAUGCUGUUCCUUGUCAUCGGAGGGUUGCUGAACUUCAUGAUGCAUGACCAGCACACGGGCCCAGCGUGGAACGUGCUCAUGUGGACCCUGCUCUUUCUGGGCCAGGGCAUCCAGGUCAGCCUGUACUGCCAGGAGUGGUACGCACGGCGUCACUGUCCCCUGACCCAGACAACCUUCUGGGCGCUGAUGACACCUCAAUCUUGGUCCUGCCAUAUCUAGAGAUCAGGGUACCCUCACUGCCCAGAUGACAUCACCAAGUUCUUCUCUGCCUGCAAAGCCUGGGACCAGGGCUCCUCUCCCCACAUUCCCAGACAUAGUUCUGAGUCAAGGAGUCCUGACAUGCAUGUCCCCAGCAGGGAACUCCACGGACUGAGAUCUGUAGACCUGUGGACAGGUGAGCACAGACUCGGAAUGGCAGUGGCUCUGUCUUGAGCCUGCAUCCCCAGAGAUUGGGCCAAGGGCCCCCUCUCCCUCCAUGGCUGUUCAGACCUGGGGAGACCUGAAGGACCUUCCAGAUUUGUUGAAUGUAGGGUAACUGAGAGCAGCUGAGGCCAUCAAGGUCCGAGAAGGACUUGUUUCUUUCUUUGUACUCUUUCCAAUACAAUAAUAAACUCUUUGUGUCUCUUUUUAUUCAUUCGUUUAUUCACCCAUUCAUCAUUUGUUGAAGACCCACUUUUGACAGGCAUGAUUGAAGAGUUGUGUCUACAGAGGCAAGACUUUGUGGGGGGAGGGGCUGAGGGUCUUGGGGGACAUGCUCCCUUACCUUUUCUAUGCCACCCCCAUCUCCCCAAAAUCCAGCCUUACCUCCUCUUCCACCUCUAGUCCUUCAGCUCACAUUCCCACAACCCUUUAAUCCUUCUACUCCCGGCUACCUCAAUAUUUUAAUUUCAUGAGCCUCAGUUUCCACAGCUAUAAAAUGGACAUUUAACUCUGGAGUGUCUCGACUGUACGGGGACAUACCGUUCCCUCAGGCCCCUUUCCAGUCUACUCCUCAACCAAAGGCAACCACUUUCUGAUUUUACUCUCAUACAUUAGUUUUGUUUGUUUUCCAAGUUCACAUAAACAGAGCUCUACACUAUGUACUACAGUAUGAACGGCUUGUUUUGCUGAAUAUAAUGUUUUUUAAGAUUAUUCCAUGUUUUGCACGUAUCAAUUGUUUGUACUUUCCUCUUGCUCAGCAGUAUUCCAUUUAUGACUAUAUCACAAUAUUUAUCCAUUCACCUAUUGAUGGACAUUUCAGUUGGGUUAGUAUGAAUAAGACUGCCAUGUAGAUUCAUGUACAAAUCAUUUUGUGGGUAUAUUUUUUUCAUUUCUUUUGGAUACAUACCAAGAUGCAGAACAGCUGGGUCAUAGAGGUGAUUUUUGCUUGACUUUAUAAGAAACUGUGAAAUGUUUUUCCAACCAGAUUGUAUCAUUUUACAUUCCUACCAGCAAUGUAUGAGAAUUCUAGCUGGGCAUAGGACUUCUCACCAAUGUUUGA